CCCUAAACUGCGGAAACUGAAUUACUCCAAAAAGCAGCGGCAGCGGCAGCAGGACACGGGACCAGCACAGACCCCAGACCAGUACUAACGAGACCCACUGUCCACACAGUACCGAGGAGAUGGGGGACAAAGCGGGGACCAGAGUCUUUAAGAAGUCCAGCCCCAACUGCAAGCUCACAGUUUAUCUGGGGAAGCGAGACUUUGUUGAUCACUUAGACCACAUAGAUCCAGUUGACGGAGUGCUCCUCGUAGACCAAGAGUAUCUGAAAGAUCGAAAAGUGUUUGUGACUCUGACCUGUGCAUUCCGCUACGGCCGGGAGGACCUGGACGUCCUGGGCCUUUCCUUCCGCAAGGACCUGUAUGUCAGCACCUUCCAGGCCUUCCCUCCUCUGCAGGAGAAAAAGACACCUCCGAGCCGGCUGCAGGAGCGACUGCUGAAGAAGCUGGGUCAGCAUGCCUACCCCUUCCACUUCACUAUCCCCCAGAACCUGCCUUGCUCCGUUACCCUCCAGCCGGGCGCCGAGGACACGGGGAAGGCAUGCGGCGUGGACUAUGAGCUCCGAGCGUUCUGUGCUAAGACUGUGGAGGAGAAGAUCCACCAGAGGAACUCUGUGCAACUGGUGAUCCGGAAGGUCCAGUAUGCUCCAGAGAAGCCGGGUCCACAGCCGAUGAUGGAGACCAGUCGCAGCUUCCUGAUGUCCGACAGAUCUCUGCACCUUGAGGCCUCGCUAGAUAAGGAGCUGUACUACCACGGUGAGCCCAUCAGUGUCAACGUCCACGUCACCAACAACUCCACCAAGAGCGUGAAAAGGGUGAAGAUAUCCGUUCGUCAGUAUGCCGACAUCUGUCUGUUCUCCACGGCCCAAUACAAGUGUCCAGUGGCCCAGGUGGAAGCAGAUGACCAGGUCUCUCCGAGCUCCACCUCCUGCCAGGUCUACACUCUGACCCCCAUGCUGGGUACCAACAGGGAAAAGAGAGGCCUGGCCCUGGAUGGAAAGCUGAAGCAUGAAGACACCAACCUUGCAUCCAGCACCAUAGUGAAAGAAGGGACCAACAAGGAGAUGAUGGGGAUCCUGGUUUCCUACAGAGUCAAAGUUAAACUGGUGGUGUCUCGUGGAGGUGAUGUAGCCGUGGAACUUCCCUUUGUCCUGAUGCAUCCCAAACCUUCAGACCAAUCCAGCUCCCAACCACAGCCAGUCGCUCCAGAGGCUGAUGCUCCUGUGGAUACAAACCUCAUAGAGUUUGAGAUGAACACUUCGUCUCAGGCCGAUGACUUUGUGUUUGAAGACUUUGCUCGCCUGGGGCUAACCGGGAUGAGGGAUGAGGGCGACCCCUUUUGUUAGCAGGUGUACCUGUCUGUGUGGACCAUACAGGACGCCUCAACCCUCCAGAACCCAAGAAGGAGAACAUGUGAAGACAGCUUGCUGAGUUCGGUCACGUUCUAAAUGUACCAUUUAUUCUGUGUAGUCUACUAGAUGUUUCUCAUACUGGUUGAAUGUUCGUAUAAAAAUAGGAGACAGUCGGACUUUCACUAAGUGCAGUGAGAUAUCUUUGCAGGAAGUGCUGCUGCUUGAGUUUUUCUGCUGAUAUCAGUUUUAUACACGCUGCUGUGAUUCAGGAAUUAUAAUUCUAACAACUUUAAACAAAGGUAUAAAAGUGGUAUUUUUAUAUUGACAAUAGGUCAGCUGUUGUCUUCAGGGAAACCUCCAACUUUUACUGCUUCCAAUUGAUUUAUCCUUCGCCUCAUUAUAAUUAAAAAAAUUAAAAAAACAUUUGGAGCAACGAGAGCAAGGGGGUAUAGGUCAAUAAACAGGAAUGAUUUUAUUUUUAUAGUUAUAUUUCGUAUUUUGUGGAAUAUCUAUGGGGUGAACUAACAGAGAUUUAAACUGAUUGAACAGCCAGAGGGUUGUUUCAAUCAGAUCAACAGUGGUGGAAUGUAAGUACAUUUACUCAAGUACUGUUUGAUAUACUUGAUAAAUACGUACGUUACCCUUUUAAGUAACAUUUUCCAUCCAGGACUUUUACUUGUAAUGGAGUAUUUUUAAAGGAUCUACUUCUUCCACUACUGGAGAUCAGCUCUUCUUUAGUGCACCUGUACACAAUAUGCUAUCAUCAGUGCUAGUGAUAAAGUUACUGUUUUUUCUUGUCAGUGCUCUCUGUUGGACAAAGUGUGUAAUAGCGACACUGUUUCUACACAAGCUCUUCAUUUCUCAACCAUUAUGGACAAUAUAUAAACAGACAGUGAUAUCUGAGCUAAUAUCUGCCUGCCACCAAAUCAUCUGGGCUGUAAUAUUUAUCUAGUGUGUAGUUAGAACAGUAUUUCCCGUGGAAGUCUCUCUAGACAGAAAAUGCAUGAUUUUAAUUGAAGAUUACUUUGUUCUUCUUUUUUGACAUGAAUACUUAAAUGUGUAAGUGAAAGACACCACAGCUCUAAUCAUUCCAACCAAACCUGAGAUUGAUAAAACACUUCACGUCAUUUGAAGAACAUAUUACAAGAUACUCUUAUUGGAAUUAUAUUAUUUUACUCAAUAAAAUGUACAAAUAAUCAGUCAAA